GCAAAAAGUAAAAGUAGGAUUUUAAUGAUACGAUUUCUCUUGUCUUGAAUAAUUUAACUACCGAAUCUGAUUACAUAUAAACCCUGUUUCUCUUUCCUCGCUUGCUUUUCUUUUUCUUUUUUUUUCUCGUUUUAUAUCAACUUAUCCACUAUGAGACUCGUCACUGAAUCCGACAAAGAAAAAGCCAGUAACUACGCCAUGAAGGGUUUUGCUAUCGGUGCUGCUCAAUGGGCUGGUGUUGGUCUUUUUGCCUCUGGUCUUCUUUAUGCUUUCAUGCCUUGGUAUCGUAGAACUCAAACUGUAAACAAGUUUUAUAUUGUCAUGUGUUUUGGCUUGGGCGGUGGCGCCUACAAAUCAGACAGAUAUAUGGUCAACUUUGAGCGUAGAGGAAGAGCACAAACUUUAGACGAAGAAACCAAGAAGCGAUAUGAAAUUUUUUACGGCAAAGAUUUUGAAGCCAAUGCCGAGCAACCUUCUUCAUAAUUGUUAACUAGAAUGUUUUGUUCAUUUGAUCCUUAAUGUAAAUAUAUAUAGCAUACCGUUAAAAAAAAAGACUUUUUUAGUGUUCUUUUGUGCGUGUUCAUUACAGUAUGAUGAUGUGAUAG